GUUGCCCAUAUAUGGCCAAUAGGCUGUGUUAUUCAUCUCGUGACUCACACAGUCCCCAACCUUCGGACUUCGAAACGGCCUUUUUCUGACGUUUUUACCUUGAGUUACCUAACUUGGACCUUCGUGGACGUUUUGGGAGAAGAUUUUGGAGUUUUCCGCGGCCUGAAAAGAUGUGGAAAUGGCUACGUUUGUGGGUGACAGCGGCCUGCCUGGUUGUUGUAAGAUGUGCGGAUGAAGGCCACUGCGUGUGGCACGGAGAGUGUGGAGCAAGCUUAGGAAGCAAGCACUAUAACUGUGAGUACACGGGGCCCCCCAAACCCCUGGAGGACAGGGAGGGUCGGGAUAUCCUGUCUCAGCUGUGUCCACACCUCGCGGGGGAUGGAUCCUCUCCGCCGAAGGUCUGCUGCGACAUCAAUCAGAUCAAGACCUUACAGAACAACAUGCAGGUCCCCCAGCAGGCCCUACAGAGGUGUCCCUCAUGUUUCCAGAACCUUGUGCGCCUGUACUGCGAGUUGACUUGCUCACCUAACGGGAGCAACUUCAUCACCAUCGACAAAACCUCCCCCUACACGCCCCCAACCCAGACCCCCUUCCACACCCCAUCCUUCGCAGCCCACAACCUCACGGCUUUCAUUGAAACUCCCAAUGAAGCGCCAAUCAUACAGCUCAAUGAAAACGACGUCUUGCAACCGAGGAGUGAUGUGUUCAGUGUAGGAAACGACACCCAGCAGUACAACGUUGUGGAGGUGACUUACUACGUCAGUUUCGACUUCGCCUGGGGGCUGUACAACUCCUGCCAGAUGGUUCAGUUUCCCGCCAGCAACUCGCGAGCACUGAGCAUCCUGUGCGGUAUGGCCGCUAAGGACUGCACCAGCCCCGAGAUCUGGCUUGGCUACAUGGGGAGCAAGGACAACGGUCAGACGCCCUUCCAGAUCAACUUUGUGAUCAACAAUACGGGACCGAACUCCACGAUCCACCCGAUGGACGAUCAAGCGUUCUCGUGCGCGCAGAGCCCGGAUGACGUGAGCGCCGCGUGUAGUUGUCAGGACUGUCCCGCGGUCUGUGGGCCGCGGCCCGAACCACCCCCACCAGCGAAAAAAUGGCAAAUCUUCGGCAUCGACGGGAUGACAGUCGUGAUGUCAUUUUCGUACGUUGGGUUCGCUUUCCUGUUCUGUAUGGUGUUGACAUUGACGUUCCUGAUUCGUCGAUGUGGCUCGAAACCGUCCGACAGUGACGACUUGUGUUCGUUUGUGGGUGAAGACAGUAUCAACAGCGACCCAGCACUUGUAAAUCAAAAGAUCGUGACCUCAGCGGACAUCGGUUGUUUUGAAAAGUGUGGAGAGAUGAUGGAAAACUUCAUGUUUAACGUGUUCCAGCGCUGGGGUCUGUUCUGCGCCCGCCAUCCUGUCAUAGUGUUUGUGUGUGGCGUGGCGGUGAUCGCAACCUGUGCAGCUGGUCUGGCCAAGUUCCAGGUUGUAACGGACCCUGUCCUGCUGUGGUCGGCGCCGGACAGCCGUUCCCGCGUACAGAAGGACUACUUCGACCAGCACUUCGGCCCGUUCUACCGCGCUGAACAGCUGAUCAUCACCGCACCGGGCAGCGAGUGGACCAAUUACGACCCCUACCCCUCAGGUGACCCCAUCCCAUUCUCACCUGUGCUCAGGAAGGACAUCUUACACCAGAUCCUUGACCUCCAGACAAACAUCGAGCAGCUGCAGGUUUGGUAUGAGGAGGAGAAGCGUAACAUCACCCUGGAGGACAUUUGCAUGAAGCCUCUCGCGCCCGUCAACAACAACUGUACCAUCAUGAGCCCGCUGAACUACUUCCAGAACAGCCACCACAUGUUAGAUCUCAGGAUUGGGGACUUCUUCUAUACUUAUGCUGACUACCACACUCAUCUCAUGUACUGCGCAGAAGCCCCAGCGUCUGUGAAUGACACCACCCAGCUACACACAUCGUGCCUCGGCACGUUUGGUGGGCCUGUCUUCCCAUGGAUCGCUCUGGGAGGGUACGAAGGUGAGAACUUCACACAGGCAGAAGCAUUGAUCAUCACAUUUGUUGUGGACAACUCGCUGAACGAGACGGAGGUAAACCGGGCGCUGGCGUGGGAGAAGGCCUUCGUGGACUUCAUGAAAAAUUACACGGACCCGGCGAAUCCUGCCAACUCUAACCUCAGCAUCAGCUUUUCUGCACAGAGGUCUAUUGAGGAUGAGCUUGACCGUGAGAGUGCCACAGACAUCUACACCAUCCUGGUCAGCUACCUCAUCAUGUUCGCCUACAUCUCCAUCGCUCUGGGGCAGUUCUACAGCUGCAGCCGUCUACUGAUUGACUCCAAGAUCUCGCUGGGUCUGUGCGGAGUGUUGAUCGUGCUGUGUGCGACGGCAUGUUCCAUCGGCGUGUUCAGCUACGCGGGGAUUCCCGCCACCCUCAUCAUCAUCGAGGUGGUUCCCUUCCUGGUGCUGGCUGUGGGGGUGGACAACAUCUUCAUCCUGGUACAGGCCUUCCAGCGAGACGAGCGCAGGAAGAAUGAGGAGCUAGAGGACCAGAUUGCCCGUAUCCUCGGGCAGGUCGCACCCAGCCUCUUCCUCACAAGCUUCUCCGAAACUGUCGCCUUCUGUCUCGGUGGUCUGUCCAACAUGCCGGCGGUGCGUGUGUUCUCGCUGUACGCCGGUCUGGCCGUGUUCUUCGACUUCCUGCUACAGAUCACAUGCUUCGUUAGUCUACUGACCAUCGACGCACGAAGACAGGAGAACAACAGGAUGGACUUCUGCUGUUGUGUGAAGGUCGCGGGGAAAAGCGACGUCCCGAAGUCGGAAGGGUUCCUCUACGCUUUCGUCAAGCAUAUCUAUGCGCCAAUCGUGCUUAAGGACUGGAUUCGACCCUUUGUCAUCUUGUUGUUUGCGGGUGCAGUUGCCUACAGUGGAGCCGUUGUAAACAAACUGGACGUCGGACUUGACCAAAAACUCUCCAUGCCCGAGGACUCGUACGUUCUUGAGUACUUCUCCAACAUCAGCAGGUACCUGAAGGUCGGAGCACCGGUGUACUUUGUGGUGGAGGAAGGUCACGACUACACGACGAAGGAAGGACAGAACAUGAUCUGUGGCAGCAGUGGGUGUAACCGAGACUCUCUGGUGCAGCAAAUAGGGGACGCACAUCUUAUAGCUGACUAUUCUAAGAUCUUUGCGGCCCCCUCCUCAUGGAUGGACGACUACUUUGACUGGAUGAACCCCCUGGGCAACCCCCCCUGCUGCAGGGUCUACAACAACACGGAGAGGUUCUGCAAUGCAUCAGUUGACAGCGACACCUGUGUGGGGUGCCGUUCCCCGAAAGACCGCGGGAUCCGGCCGGUACAUGAUGAGUUUAUGGAGUUUCUGCCGAUGUUUCUCACAGACGUCCCGACAACGGACUGUGCCAAAGGUGGUCAUGCUGCCUAUAACUCUGCAGUGGACCUGAAACGCAACGACGUAGGAGCGACGUACUUCAUGACGUACCACGUAAACUGCAACACAUCUGCUGACUACAUCAAUGCACUGAAGUAUGCCGAGGAGCUGGCAAGCAACAUCACCACAGCCAUGAACAUCACAGACAACAAGUAUAAGGUCUUCCCUUACAGCUACUUCUACGUGUUCUACGAGCAGUACCUGACGAUCUACCACGACACGAUGACCAGCCUGAGCUGGUCGGCGCUGGCCGUGUUCCUGGUCUCCUUCUGCAUGCUGGGAUUCGACCUGGUCUCCGCUCUCAUCAUCAUCCUCACCAUCGGCAUGAUCGUGCUGGACAUGAUGGGGGUCAUGUACCUCUGGGGCAUCAGUCUCAACGCCGUCUCAUUGGUCAACCUCGUCAUGGCCAUGGGUAUUUCUGUGGAGUUCUGUUCUCACGUGACGCGGGCGUUCGCUGUCAGCACAAAGACUUCCCGCGUGGAGAGAGCCAAGGAAGCUCUGGUGCACAUGGGCAGUUCUGUUUUCAGUGGCAUCACACUGACGAAGUUCGGCGGGAUUGUCGUCCUGGCGUUCGCGAAGUCUCAGCUGUUCCAGGUGUUCUACUUCCGGAUGUACCUCAGCAUCGUUCUUCUCGGGUUCUCCCAUGGUCUCAUCUUCUUACCUGUGCUGCUCAGUUAUAUAGGUCCUUCUGUAAACAAGGCGAAACUCUUCUCACAGCAGAACGGCGUUCAGAGUCAGCCCGUAAAUAACGAGAGAACGCCGCUUCUACACGACUCUCGGAGACGUGAAGCAGGAAGUAACGCACCACUAGGAACGUCCAACGGCAUCUAUGUUUAGGAAUUUGAUUCAACACUGGUCACUGCUAAUUAGGGAACAUAAACAUCUGUUUUUUUAAGUCAAUUAUCUCUAUAACAGGGCUCGAAAUCCAGUUUUAUGGAGUAGGUGCACAUUUUAGGCACAACUUAAAGCAAAUGAACCCAGAGCUUCUAUCAUUUUACAUAUUGGUGUGGAAAAAGAUGUUACCAAUAUGUGAAGAGGAGUUUAUUUCUGUAAGUGAAAUGUGAACUUUCAAACUGAUUUAAAUCUAGGGCUAGGGCUUCUGAAAUGGUGCCCUCUGAAAGUUUGAUUUUGAUAACAGGUUCCCAAAUUAAAAGUGAUCAGGUUGAUUUAAAGGUAGAUGUAGCAAAUUGUGACUAACAAAAGUAGCAAAAUUGUUCAAUGUGGCAAAAUUGUUAGCUUGAAGUAUGUGGUUAAGAGAGGGGGGGUCUAAAUAUUCUCAUCAAUUUAAUGUCUGUGAGACAACUUUGUCAAAUUUCAAACCUUUCUUAAACCUUCUUGAUCUGUGGAUCGAGACUUAAACAAUUGCAACAACGUGUUUUUAUCUUGCUGUCUGUAUGAGGCUUGUUUGUGAUACAUGUACUUGAGAAAUUUUACAGCUUAGAGUUAAACUGUCGUAAGCGAAGAGAGGGGAAAUCGUGGCGUGUAAUUCAUGUGUGUUGUUAACUUUGUACUGAUCACGCACAAAUUUGUUACUGCACCAAAAACUGUAAAUUACUGACAGGUAUUCACAUGCUGCAAUCGUUUUAACAUCGUCAGGGUUCAGGCUAUAGUUUAAGUGAUUGUUGCCAACUUCAGAAAGUCUUACAAAUCACACUAGGAAGCAGUGAUAUACUCAAGUUUCGACGUAGCUUCCCGAAGCAGCUAAUCCCAUGUCUCUUGUACAAAAUGUAAAAUGACAACUACCAGAAUUGUUAUCUUAAUGUAGAAUGAUAUAUUUGAACUUACAUUAUGCAAUAUCAUGUAUUAUCUUUUUGUGUCAAAUACAGGCAGUAACUAUUCAGGGUCAUGAUUAAUUAAGAAUUUUUAUGUUAAUUAGCGUAAUUAGCAAAUUACACAGCUUACAGAUAUUAUGCAGAGCAUACAAAGGCUUUGCCGUAAAGUCAAUGCAAUUUUGAGUUUAAUUUGAACUCUGUAAAUAAAGCAGAGUUCAUUGUUUACACGGGUGUAUAAUGAUGAUGAUGUAUCAGGACAUGUUCCUGUUACUGUAUUCAUCUGACUUAUAGAAAUGCACAACAAUGCAAUCUGUCUAGUUUCCUUGAUGAAGGAUAUGCAGCAAGGCAGAACAUAACGUAAUACAAAAUGGAGCAACUACAUAUAUAGAGUCUAUGAGCCAGACGUUUCAGAAUACCAUCCACUACCUAUCAUCGGCAACGGACAAUUAUGAAAGUCACUGAUAAAAGAUAGUGGAUGUUAUCUGAAACCUCUGACUGUUUAGAGACAUUAUCUUCUUGCUUAAUCCUUUGUAUUAUGCUAUGUUGUUGAUUACUUGUUUUAUUUUGCUCCGUGUAUCAUGCAUGCUCGCUAAGUACAUGUACUAAUUGUUCUCGAAGCAGUUGCAACCAUUAACUAUGAAUGAUUUUGUGCCUUUUCUAGCAAAUUGAUAACCUCAACAUUAUAGACAGGCCAUGCAAAAAAGAUUUUAUGGAUGAAUGUUUAAAAUGUACCGAAGCAACGUGUAUGUGAUCUGUUAGGUCAAGCUGAAGUGGCCUUGCUUAUAAUUCUCAACUCUGCUCUACAUCUGAUACCACUUGGCAGAUGGCGCAUGAAAUUGAUUGAUUCUUGCCUUGCAACUUCAAAAUAUUCCAAUUUCAGAAUGUUUAAUGUAGCUCAACAUAGACGCUUUACUAUGUACUAAAUGUGAAUAUUGUGGAAAGAUGUUUUCAGGAAUUUUGGUAUGACAUGAAUUGUUGAUACUGGUGUAAAAACUUUUGAAGGCAGUGAAUUAAGUGUGCAGGUACAUGUACAGCAGAUAUCUUAGAGUUAAGACCUAAAAUAAGAAAUAGAAUUCCACACACUUAAGAUUUAAAACUGUUCUGAACUAUUGACCUUAACCCUGCUAAUGUCUGCUGUAAGUGGAACAAAUGUGGUGCAUGUAUGUACCCCUGGCUAGUUUAAGGUUAACCCUGACUCAAUCUCCAAGUAGAUCUUUCUGUUGGCUGAUGGGCAGUGUUUCUGCCAAUAGAUACUGUCUUGCCAACCAAAAGAUCUACUUGGAGAUCACCUCUGACCCAAUAUAUAUGCGCCAUUGUGAAUUUUGUGAAUAUCGGCUGAUGUUUUAUUGGAAUAAACAUAGAUGUUCUAA